GGCAAAUUUUCUUCUUCUUUUUUUUUCUUUUUGCUUCUCUUACGCACGCUUUUUUUUUUUGCCAGGCGCGCACAAACGUGACGCACGGAGCGGUGGAAAGCAAACCAGCCCUGUCACAAGCGUAACUCUCAGAGACAAACAUCGGCGACCACAAGGUCACGUGGUGCGCUACAAUUGGAGGUUCCGCUGCUGCACGGAACCUGCACGUGAGUCGGCCUGUAUCCAGACAGCACGUUUGCUGCAGAGAGACGGAUGCAACAUGUAGAUCCAGUUCGCCUAUAUAAAAAGACAAGACAUGGCUCAGAAAUAAAACCGAGAAGAAGAAGAGACCACCCUUCCAUCAUCUCUAUCAUCAUCUUCAUCAUCAUCAUGCGCGGCACCACAAGUCUCCUCCUGCUGGUCCUGCUGGUCCAGAGUCUCCUGGGCACGCCGGUGUGCACCAACCAGUGCUGCCGCUUCGUGGAGAGUUUCCCCGGCCGGCUGAGGAGGCUCCGCCAGGAUUAUUUGCACAUCAGAGACUUUUACGAAGCCAACGACGACCUGGACACGGCGCUGCUCGACCAAAGUGUGGAGGAGUCCUUCAGAACGCCGUUCGCCUGCCACACAAUGAACGGCAUUCUGGACUUCUACCUGCGCACGGUGCUGCCCACGGCCCUGGCGGGGGUGACGGAGGACACCAAGGGGCUGAAACCUCACAUGGAGUCCAUCCAGUACAUAUUCGACGAGAUGAAGAGGGAGGUCAACAAAUGCCGGAAGUACUUCGCCUGCCAGACGCAGUUUGACGUCAUCAAUCUCAACACCACGUACAACCAGCUGGAGAGCAAAGGCGUGUACAAGGCCAUGAGCGAGCUGGACGUGCUCUUUAACUACAUCGAAACUUACCUGGCGUCUAAACGCCACAGAAGCCAUUUUGUGUCCUCCUGAAAAGUCCCUUGUUUGUAAAAAUGUGCAUUUGUCUAUUUAUUUGUCAUCAAUAAAUGAAGUCGGUGUCUCCGUACUUGAAGUA